CUGGAGCUGCCACUGCCGUUGCCACUCACCGCCGCCGCCGCUGCUGUUCCUGUGGCUGUCGCCUCAUUAAAACUUGUUGGAAACAUGAAUUGAAAGCCUUUGAUUGCAAUUCUUUUUUGAUCUUUUUUGAAACAUGAGCACGAUAGGAAGUCCAAAGAACAAGGUUCCUGCUGUUGGUACUGCGUCGCUGAACCUUGCUGAAUAUGCUUCUACUGCUGAACAGAAAGAGUUGGAAUUAAGCCUUCCUCUCUCGCUUCCUGCUGGUGCAGCUGAGCCUAAGCCAAUGCUUUGUAUAUCACUUAUCUUGUUGGAAUUGAGGUUUCCAGAAGCCACAAAGCCAUUGCAGAGAGAGAUAGUUCCUGUUUCAUCACCCCCUCAAUCAGGAGAAACUGUUUCAACUGAAAAGGAUGAGCUUUCUGCAAUUAAAGCUGGUCUGAGAAAGUCUCAUAAAGCAGAUGAGGAUUCAAACGCAAAUCGAUCAUCAGUUUCUGAUUUUGGAGAUGACAAUUUUGCUAUAGGUAGUUGGGAGCACAAAGAAAUAAUAAGUCGUGAUGGGCACAUGAAACUUUAAACAGAGGUCUUUUUUGCUUCAAUUGA